CUGACUGUUUAACAGGAAACUAAACUCCAGUCUGGUGGAAACGCAGCGGUUUUACCUUUGUUUUUUAGCCGUGUGUUUAAAAUAUCACGACAAAGCAAUGUCGAGCGAUUUAGAGGAACAAAGGAAAGCUCAGGGUCUGGUAAGACAUGCAGGUGGCUGCCAUUGUGGUGUUGUGCGUUUUGAAGUGUGGAGUGCUCCAGAUUUGCACAUAUUCAAAUGCAAUUGCAGUAUUUGUACCAAGAAGCAGAACCACCAUUUCAUUGUUCCUAAGGCCCAGUUCAAGUUGCUUCAGGGAUCAGAGAACUUAACAACGUACACCUUCAAUACACAUACAGCCAAGCAUACAUUCUGCAAGACUUGUGGUGUUCAGAGUUUCUACGCACCCCGAUCUAAUCCUGACGGGUUUGGUGUGGCUCCACAUUGCCUGGACCCUGGUACUGUAAAGAGUGUGACGGUUGAAGAUUUCUGUGGGGAGAACUGGGAAGAAAGUAUGCAGAAACAUGAGACUAUCAGAAGUAUGUCCAAACCUUGACCAGAAACCAGUUAACCCACCAACGUUCACACACGGUCCAUUUUGUGUAAAUGCCUAUCAAUGUUUGGAUUGAAUUGGGGAAAAGUGGUCCAUUAAAACACCAAGUGCCUUUAAA